AUGUCCUCUGCCGUCGUUCCUGGUGACGAUCCCCGCGACGCCUCUGCGGAGGCUCCGCUGUCUCUGCCCGAGAAGUGGCAGACUGACUCAUUCGGUGCGCACCUGUGUCCGCUGAUGUUUGUGUCUGGUCUGAUCAUGGUGACGCGGAAUCGGUACCUCGCGUGGCCGUCCCUCCUGCUCUCCAUCAACAGCGUCAUCAACCAGCACCCCCUGCGCAUGAAGGAGGGCGCACAGAGCAACAUUAGCGUCAUCAUGCUCGGCAUUGGCGCACUCAUUGCGUCGUACCUGCCGCUCAUCCUCAUCGGGCCUGCGGCGAAGGUUCCCCCGCCGUCUAUGUGA